UAUGCAACGUUGAAUUUGACGUCACGCUUGCAAAUUUGAUCUAGUACAUUUUUCGAAGGCAGCGCCAGUGUAUAGUCGAUCCAUGAAACUAAUCCAGCCAACUUUACAACUUCUCAAAGACGUGGCGAUUCGUGGCUGUUAUAAAUAUUUGUCAUUUUGGCACUUCAAUUUGGUUAGGUCUGUUGGAACGGUGUGGAAGCAAUAAGCAAACGUUCUACUUUUCAAAUAUUAGUGUAGUGAUAUAUUAAAUCGUCCCAGAAUGUAUUGGAAGAUCCUGUCCCUUCUCCUGCUCACAUUCUCCCUUGUACACUCCGAGACAGAAGAGGACACAGGGCCCAGGCUCCUGGUCUCCAAACAGAUUCUCAACAGAUAUUUGGUGGAAACCAAAGACAUUGAAGUGAAAUAUACCUUGUUCAACAUCGGCACAUCAGCAGCUGUUGAUGUGGAACUCGUCGAUAACGGCUUCCAUCCAGAGGCUUUUGAAGUUGUGGGAGGCCACUUGAAGUCCAGGUUUGAUAGGAUUCCUCCUCAAUCUAAUGUCACACAUGUUGUUGUAGUCAGGCCACUGAGAUUUGGCUACUUCAACUUCACAAGUGCUGAAGUGUCCUACAGAGUUUCUGAUGAUGCUUCUGCCCAGAUUCAAGUGUCUCUAAGCAGUGAACCUGGUGAAGGUGGUAUCAUUGCUUUCCGUGACUAUGACAAGAAAUUUUCGUCUCAUUGCUGGGACUGGCUAGCAUUUGCUCUGAUGACCACCCCUUCAUUGGCCAUUCCUUUUGCUUUGUGGUACAGCAGCAAGAGCAAGUAUGAGAAAUUAGCCAAACCAUCAAAGAAAGGACACUAAGUCUUCCAUGAUUGUUCUGAAGAAAUCAGUACCUCAGUUCUAAACACAGUAACUCAUUGUAAAAAUAACAUAUUUAUAUUUCAGAAUUUGUUGAACAUUUUGCAUUUUGUUUUGUAUGUUGUAAGUUGUGAAUUUUCUAUGAAAACUUUGAAUAAGUCAUUAAAUUAUUUUUUAAAUAAAA